AUGUACAAAAGACUUUUGAACCGCUUAUUAAUUUCACACAGAAAUUAUAGCUAUUCACGAAGCAUCAUCGAUAUCAUCAAAACCGGUCAAAUAGGGGAAACUAUUUCUGUGCAGGGCUGGAUAAAAUCCCUUAGGAAGCAAAAAGAAGUCACCUUUAUCGACAUCAACGACGGUUCGACUCCUACAAACUUGCAAAUAGUGUUAACACAAAAAUCAGAUUCAAAAAUAAGUGUUGGUUCAUCCAUAAGCACCUCUGGUGUACUAAAACAGUCGCCCAAAGGGCAAAAUGAAGUUUCUGCUGAAAAUAUGGUACUAAUUGGCGAGUGCGACUUAGCCAAAGGGUACCCAUUUGCACCUAGGAAACAAUACGAACCAGAAUAUAUAAGAGAACAUUUACAUUUUCGUCCUAGAACAAGAAAAUUUGCUUCUUUACUUAGACUAAGACAUGCUGCCAAUAUUUCAAUCCACAACUAUUUAGAUGAAAAAGGUUAUUUCAAUAUUCACACACCAAUAAUGACUUCAAACGAUUGCGAAGGAGCUGGGGAAAUUUUUAAAGUUUUACCAGACAAUGAAAAGUUAUUAAAAUCAAUGGCAAAGGAAAAUCAAGCUUCAGAAUUAGUAUAUUUUGAUACAAAAGCCUAUUUAACUGUGUCUGGGCAAUUGCAUUUGGAAGCUGCAGCUCAAGCCCUAAACAAAGUAUAUUGCUUUGGACCAACCUUUAGAGCAGAAAACUCAAAAUCAAGAUUCCAUUUAUCUGAAUUUUAUAUGCUUGAACUUGAGCAAGCUUUUCUAAGUAACUUAGAUGAUCUUUUGAUUAUUGUUGAAGAUCUUAUUAAAAGUGUAACCAGCAAUUUAUUGCAAAAAUAUUCAGAUGAUAUUGGUAUGUGCACACAAAAUAAAGUCAGUCACAAAUGGAUUGAUAAACCAUUUAUAAAAAUAUCAUAUAAAGAAGCUCUAAAUAUUUUAAGUAAUAAAUUAAAUAAAACAGUUAAAGGAGAUAUUGUAAAAGAACAUGAAUUAGCUUUGACUGAGUAUUUUGACCAAGUGCCAGUCUUUGUAAUAAACUGGCCUAAAAAUCAAAAACCAUUCUACAUGAAAGAAAUUGACAAUGAAAAUGUUGCAGCAUUCGAUCUACUGGCGCCACAAAUUGGUGAAAUUGCUGGAGGCAGUUUACGCGAAGACAACUAUGAUAAAUUAAAAAGCAGAUUGGCCAAUAAUAAUUCACAGCUGGAUUGGUAUUUGGAUUUACGGCGAUUCGGCUGCGUACCUACAGGAGGGUUCGGUUUGGGGUUUGAAAGAUUUCUUCAGUUUGUUUUGGGAAUUGAUACAGUUAGAGAUAGUAUACCUUUUCCUAGGUGGCCACAUAAUUGUAAAUUGUAA